AUGGGAAUACUACUGAAUACGACAGAAUUCCCGUCAGAUCAAUUGCUGGCGGUAUAUCAUGUCUAUGAGUAUGCUAUAUUUGUUUUUACCUUUGUGGUUGUCGGCUACACCCUUACAGUCAUUUUCAUGAGUAAGUUAUAUAUUGUGUUAUAAAUAUAAAUUAGACUUUUUAGCCUCGGCAAAAGGUCUAAGCAAGUACAAAUGGUAUCUAGUGCACGGCCUUGUAUGGUAAGUCUUCUACUUUCUUGCAUCUGUAUUCCUGCUUUUAGGGGGAUCUGUUUUGAUGCGAUGGCAGGCUUAAUUGGAGCUGUAACCCUGUUCCCUAUCCCUUGUUAUUACGGAAUAAAUGUCAGCGCAUCCAUUGGCGGAAAACUGCAGAUGGUCUACUUUUUUGUCGGAGUUAACUGCGCCAUGGGAAAGGCGUACGCCACACUUAUCCAAUUCGAAUAUCGAUUCCAGCAAGCGCUGCCAUUGGAUUCGUGGUAUCGAACACGGCUUGGAUUUCUCCAUGGGAAAUACGAAUUGACAAUUUGCGUUGUAUUCUAUUGCUUUAUAUUGCUCACACUCUACGUAAGCCCAAAAAUUUCAAAGUUUAAAGGAUAACGUUUUAGACUCCAUGGAUUGCAUACUUCCCAAAUCAAGAGGAUCAGCGGUCCUUUCUCUCGAAUAUGGAUCCAGUGGUGGCCAUGGUGUAUACGCGGCAUCCCAACACAAUAUGUUUCGCAAGUGGGCUCUCUAACCUAGCCGUUAAUAUCUUUGCUUUCUGGAUGUUUUUCUACGCAUUUUCGGAGAUGACCUUGUUGGUGUUCAUCCACUUGAGUAUUCAUCGGCAGAAGCUGAAAGCCCAAACAUAUCGCUUGCAAAUCAUGCUGUUCUGGUCACUGACAGCUCAAAUGGCCGCUUUUAUAACAUUUUUUGUAGCACCGGGGAUCCUGUUCCUAGCGGGAGGGAGCUGCGGCAUACGGAACAUGCCGAGGAUCACGGUUUAUUGCUUCUUUUUCUUCGUCACUCAUACAACCGUUGAUUCUUUUUUAAUUUUAUAUUUCAUCAAGCCCUAUCGACAGGCUGUCUUUCAUGUUUUUGGGCGUUACAUUGAUUUGAAGGGGAUUAAGAUCGUCUACCCAAGGCUGUACAGUUCCACAGCCGAAGCGACAACUGUUACCGUCCAAGGAAAAAAAGAACGACCAACCCCGACCCCACCUCAUCGCAAUGAUCUUUAUCCUUUAUGUAAAUGA